UCAAUUAGUGUUCGCGCCAAAUUUUGACGUUUGCUAGUUUUAAGUCAUGGUUCUUUUCGUAGUUCCGUUUAAAUUUAACUUCAAUUUCCUUCUGCUCACUUUGAAAAAGUACUAGUUACUAAAUUCUUUACUUUAUUUUAAUCUACACGUGAUUGACCGUAGUUAGAUUUAUUAAACUUCGUUUUUGUUCAGUCAACCUAAUUCCCAAAAUACUAAAAAACCUGAAAACUACCGUUAAGACCAUGCCUUCUGAGGUAGAAACUGUGUUAAAAUUCACACGGCUCAGUGAAAAUGCUUACCCACCUGUAAAAGGCUCAGAAAAAGCAGCUGGAUAUGAUUUAAAAAGUGCCUAUGACUAUACUGUUUCUGCUCGUGGCAAGGAAUUGGUUAAGACAGACUUGCAAAUAGAGUUGCCUUCAGGUUGUUAUGGCAGAGUGGCUCCUAGAUCUGGAUUAGCUGUCAAGAACUUUAUUGAUGUUGGAGCUGGUGUAAUUGAUGAAGAUUAUCGUGGUAAUGUUGGUGUAGUGAUAUUCAAUCACUCUGAUCAAGAAUUUAUGAUUAAGAAAGGAGACAGAAUUGCCCAGCUGAUAUGUGAAAAAAUCUAUUAUCCAGAAUUAGUUGAAGUCACAAAUUUGACUGAAACAAAGAGAGCUGAUGGUGGUUUUGGUUCUACAGGAACCCAAUAAAAAAUGUUAGUGUUAUGUAUAUUAUUACUGUAUUAAAAUAAAUGUCUUACAAAUACA